AUGUCUAAUGCGCAAACUAUUCAAAACAAUCCCGGUUGCCUUAAGGGUGUUGAGGCCCAGAGUCUAACCGUCCGUGUGCUUCUGCGCUCUCCAAAUGCCCCGAGAGAAUCGACCAAAUACAUGGGUCACGGAGUUUGCGACAGCUCGAGUCGCACGCAUACGUUUUCCGAGCCCACGGCGGAUGUGGAAACAAUACACCGCACUACGCUUUCCAUUCUUCGGCAUCUGUGUCCAGAUCCUCGCGAAUUACGUGGCCUUGGGCUCCAAGUAAACCGGCUCUCUCCUCCGAGUAGUACCGAACGAUCUUCCGCGUUAACCCAUCUGGAGCGUUACACGAUCGCUCCGAACUUGGCGACGAUCCCUCAGACAACUGUUGCAGCCAGCCCAAUUUUGGCUACAGACUGUAGUCCGGAGCCCUCACCUUCCCACGAUUCCCUCAGUCCCUUCGUGCCAUGUCUCACCCCAAUACAUUUAUUGGUUCAGAAACGACACAAACCACUGCGGAUCAAACCUCAUCGAACUAUUCGGUCUGCACUUAGCAUUAACUCCGAUAACGUGCCUCGUGCCUUCGAAAUCGAACCCACAUACGAUGAAGAUGUGGAUUCUGAGACCACGAAUAAGUUGGCCAGCGCGAACACUUCAACUCGAGACCUGUGCGAUUCUAGUGGAGCUCCAAGUUCUUUUGAUGCCAGGCGUGAGCAUGCAACUACCCACGAACAUCUAGUUGGGCAAAUAGAAUCCAGUGCCUGCAUGAUUCCGCCUCGAAGCGAGGAUUCAAACGCACGUAGCCGUUCCAGACAACACCACCCAAUCUCCGCAAGACUAAGUGUCAGCGACCUCAAGAUCAUGUUUAGAAACAAACCGACCGAUCGCAUUCGGCAAAUGCUGGCCAAUUGGAUUGUUACUGAACCGAGACCACUCUCAGAGGACGUGUGUGCGCUGGCCUCUUGUCUUGUCUCUCUGGUUCCGUAUAACUUGGAAGGCGUCCGAUCGUGCCUUAUCUGGCUGAAUCAAGUUAUGGACCAAUUCUGCCCACGUGGGUCUUCGAGAGAAGAAUGGAGAACAUAUAUUGCACGCAUACGCGCAACUGUGGAACAUUCCAUACAGCUGUGUUACAAUGCAAGCCUCCUACCGUGA